AUGGAUUUGUCAUCAGUAGUUGGUCGCGCAAUAAGAAGAGCGCAAUUAAAUGAUCUUAAGAAUAUAGAUGAUGGGAAUAUCGACAAGUCGGACCCUAUACCAAUGGAUUUCAUCACAAAUAAUUUAUUAAUUUAUCAUGCUCUUUUUGAACAGAUGCUGAUUUUUUUAAAACAAUUGAUUGAGGACAUAGUGAGUCUUAAUCCAUCAAUGGCAGUUCCUAGUGACUCAUAUGUGGAACAAUUGAGGGCCGAAAUAUUGUUAAAAUACAAAUUUAAAAGAGUCAAUUGUGGAGAAUUGAUUCACAAGUUUGGAGAAGCUAGUGUGUAUUGGGCAGUUAUUUGGCCGUUGAUGUCGUUCAAAGAGAACGUACAAUCGUUAGUUGAAACGAUCUACAAGGAUUUGAAAAAUAAUAUUGGAGAUGAGGUCGAUGACGUGGAAUUUAUAAGAGAAAGCUUAGUACCUCAACCAACAACAAAUGAGAAAAGGACGAAUGAAUCCGUACCAUCAACAACACCAUCAGCAAAUUCAACAUCAGCAACAUCAGCAUCAUCAACACCAGCAACAUCAACAUUAUCAACAACACCAGCAACAUCAACAACACCAUCAACAUCAACAGCAACAUCAACAAUACCAUCAACAUCAACAGCAACAUCAACAAUACCAUCAACAUCAACAGCAACAUCAACAUCAACAGCAACAUCAACAUCAACAGCAACAUCAACAUCAGCAACUUUAACAUCAGCAACUUCAACAUCAGCAACUUCAACAUCAGCAACUUCAACAUCAGCAACUUCAACAUCAGCAACAUCAUCAAGAUCACCAGAUUUUACCCUUCUAUAUAAUAAUAUAGAUAAAAAACAUUCAAAUAAUCAAAUAAAUCUAUUCAAAGAAUUUGAUGAGUUGGUCAAUAAAAAUGAUAAGCAUUUAAAUUUGCUAAAAGCUAUGCCUCAGAAAGCGUUGGUCGACCACAAGAUCAUUUUUAGAAAAUUCAUUUGUUUUUUAAACGGUCUAAAAUUCGACCAAGUGAAUUUGAAGAAUUAUAUUAUAAAAGUGUACAAUGAUGGUCAGAAGAUUAGAGAAAUUAAGCAAGUUCUCAAAAGUAUCAAAAUCUACCAUAGAUUGAUCAAUGGAAAUAGACCUAUUGCAUUUGACUUAGCUCUUGAUUAUAUCAAAGACUUAAACCCUCAGUUGAACAAAAGAACAAGAGCUUUGAAUGGCUUGUUAGAUUACGGACUCGACCGUAAGAGGAAGAGGAUUUAG